AUGUACAACAACUACGGCCCAUCGUACCAGGAGCAGCGCCUGCAGCAGAUGAUGGAGCAGAAGCAGCUCAAGGAUUUUAUGCGCAUGUACUCGAAUCUGGUCUCGCGGUGCUUUGACGACUGCGUCUCGGAUUUUACGUCGAACAAGUUGGGCGAUAAGGAGCUGACAUGCGUUACCCGCUGCACGCUGAAGAACAUGAAGAUGAACGAGCGUGUUGGUCAGCGUUUUGCUGAGGAGAACGCCAAGCUGAUGGAGGAACAGGCCAAGCUGGGUAACUAA